CGCGCAACCCUGUCUUCCCGCGCUUCAUCAAGAUCAUCGAGGUGAAAAACAAGAAGCUGGUUGAGCUCCUGAGGAGGAAAGUUCGCCUUGCCCAACCUUAUGCUGGUGUAUUCCUUAAGAAGGAUGAUAACAAUGAGUCUGAUGUGGUGGAGGAUCUGAAUGAGAUCUACCAGAUGGGAACUUUUGUGCAGAUCCAUGAGAUGCAGGACCUCGGAGACAAGCUGCGCAUGAUCGUGAUGGGACACCGCCGGAUUCGUAUCAACAAGCAGCUGGAGGUGGAGCCUGAGGAGCCUGAGAACAAACAGAAAAUCAGGAGGAAACAGAAGCGUUCCAAGAAGGAGGCUGAAGAGGAGCCUGGGGCAAAGGACCAAGCUGUGGAAGUGGUGCUGGAUCCUGUGGCUCCCUCCUCACAGGAGGUUCUCAUGGUAGAAGUGGAGAAUGUGGUUCAUGAAGAUUUUCAGAUCACAGAAGAGGUUAAAGCACUGACUGCAGAAAUUGUCAAGACCAUCAGAGACAUCAUUGCCUUGAACCCCUUGUACAGAGAGUCUGUGCUGCAGAUGAUGCAGGCAGGGCAGCGUGUGGUGGACAACCCAAUCUACCUGAGUGACAUGGGGGCAGCACUGACCGGGGCCGAGUCCCACGAGCUGCAGGACAUCCUGGAGGAAACCAGUAUUCCCAAGAGGCUCUACAAGGCUCUUUCCCUGCUGAAGAAGGAAUAUGAGCUGAGCAAGCUGCAGCAGCGCCUGGGCAGGGAGGUUGAAGAGAAGAUCAAGCAAACCCAUCGCAAAUACCUUCUGCAAGAGCAGCUGAAGAUCAUCAAGAAGGAGCUGGGCCUGGAGAAGGAGGACAAGGAUGCCAUAGAGGAGAAGUUCCGGGAGCGGCUGAAGGAGCUGCUGGUGCCCAAGCACGUGAUGGAUGUCAUUGAUGAAGAGCUCAACAAGCUGAGCUUGCUGGACAACCACUCCUCAGAGUUCAAUGUCACAAGGAACUACCUGGACUGGCUGACAUCCAUCCCCUGGGGCAAGUGCAGUGAGGAGAACCUGGAGCUGUCCCGAGCCCGAGCAGUGCUGGAGGAGGAUCACUAUGGGAUGGACGACGUCAAGAAGCGAAUCCUGGAGUUCAUAGCAGUCAGCCAGCUGCGGGGAUCCACCCAGGGCAAGAUCCUCUGCUUCUACGGCCCCCCCGGGGUGGGCAAGACCAGCAUCGCGCGCUCCAUCGCCAGGGCCCUCAACAGGGAGUACUUCCGCUUCAGCGUGGGGGGCAUGACCGACGUGGCAGAGAUCAAGGGACACAGGAGGACAUACGUUGGAGCAAUGCCAGGGAAGAUCAUCCAGUGCCUGAAGAAGACCAAGACAGAGAAUCCUCUGAUCCUGAUUGAUGAGGUGGAUAAAAUAGGACGAGGAUAUCAAGGGGAUCCAUCCUCAGCCCUUCUGGAGCUGCUGGACCCAGAGCAGAACUCCAACUUCUUGGAUCAUUACCUUGAUGUUCCUGUGGAUCUGUCCAAGGUACUUUUUAUUUGCACUGCCAACGUGACAGAAACCAUCCCAGAGCCGCUGCGGGACAGGAUGGAGGUGAUCAAUGUGUCAGGAUACGUGGCAGAGGAGAAGCUUGCCAUUGCAGAGAGGUACUUGGUCCCUCAAGCACGAGUGCUGUGUGGCCUGGAUGAGAGCAAAGCCCAGAUCAGCCCCGAGGUGCUGACUGUGCUCAUCAAGCAGUACUGCAGGGAGAGUGGAGUCAGGAACCUGCAGAAGCAAGUGGAGAAGGUCCUGAGGAAAUCUGCCUACAAAAUUGUGAGUGGAGAGGCAGAGACAGUGCAGGUGACCCCUGAGAACCUGCAGGACUUCGUGGGCAAGCCGACCUUCACCGUGGAGCGCAUGUACGACACCACUCCGGCAGGGGUGGUGAUGGGGCUGGCCUGGACUGCCAUGGGAGGUUCCACUCUCUUUGUUGAGACAUCCCUGAAGCGACCCAAGGACAAGGAGAACAAGGAUGGGUCCCUGGACCUGACAGGGCAGCUGGGAGAUGUGAUGAAGGAGAGUGCCAGGAUAGCUUACACCUUCGCCAGAGCCUUCCUGAUGCAGAAGGAGCCCAGCAACGACUUCCUCAUCUCUUCCCACAUCCACCUGCAUGUGCCAGAGGGAGCCACACCAAAGGAUGGACCAAGUGCAGGCUGCACCAUAGUCACAGCCCUGCUGUCGCUGGCCAUGGCCCAGCCAGUGAGGCAGAACCUGGCCAUGACUGGGGAGGUGUCACUGACUGGGAAAAUUCUGCCUGUGGGUGGCAUCAAGGAGAAGACAAUUGCAGCCAAGCGUGCAGGAGUCACCUGCAUCGUGCUGCCCUCGGAGAACAAGAAGGAUUACUACGACCUGGCAGCCUUCAUCACCGAGGGGCUGGAGGUGCACUUUGUGGAGCACUACCAGGAAGUGUUUGCCAUAGCCUUCCCCAAGCUGGAUUCUGCUGGAGGAUGAUGUCCAACCCCCAGUGCUGGAAGGUGAUCUGUCCCCUGGUGCCCAGCCCCAGGAGCAGGGUGAGCUGGGGCCGUGCUGCAGCGGGACAGGAGCGGAGCUCUUGCUGCUGCGCAGCUGCUGCUGGCUUGGCUGGAAGAGAGCAGCUCUGGCUUUGUACUGAACUGCCCCACGGCCAGGGGCCCA